GAGAGGAAACAUAACUUUGCUGUCAAACAAACGAGCACCCGCUAAACUAUCAGCUAACUUACGACACUGGAUUGUGUUAUUAUUAUUAAUGAGGUUGCAAUGCUGGCAGAUUUCCCAGUCAACUCUCUGAGCGAUAGAAUUCAAUGGGAACCAUACAAGACGCAUGGAAAGGUUUCAGGUAUGCAUCGAUCAGAAGACCCUCCGAAAAAAAGAGCACCCAAGCACAGCUGUUUCUUAGGAGUGGAGACUUGUGCUGAGCUUGUCUGGGAGGGCUGGGAGUUGGGAGGAGAAUAUACCAAAUCACUGAUCCUUAAAAAUGUGCAUGGGAAACUGCAGAAACUCACUUUCAGACCACCUGUGUCCAAAUUCUUCAACACACUGUUUCCUCAGACCAUCAUUCUGAGUCCCGGGACAUCCUUCUCGCUACCAAUAAGUUUUCGCCCCCUUCAGAAGUGUGAGUAUGUGGACAACAUUGAGUUCCGCUGUAAGGAGGGGUCAUUCCAGGUAUCACUCCGUGCAGUGAUGCUGUGUCAUGCCUUGGAGCUGCCCGACUCAGUACAGCUGCCUCCCUGUGCUGUUCAACACAGCUCAAGUGCCAACUUUCUGUUCCGCAAUACCAGUAAAUUGCGGACUGGUUUCCAGUGGAUGGUGGAGCCACCGUUUGAGAUCUCACCAGUGAGUGGGCUUCUGGAGCCAGGAGAAGGGCGCAAGGUCACUGUUACAUUUAAACCUCAGGAAGCACUAGUGUACCAGACAGAAGCUACCUGCACAUUCGGGGAUAAUGGCGAAAGCAGCUGCACCAUGUUAUUAAGAGGACUGUCCAAGUACCCUCAUCUUCAGAUUAUCUCCCCUGGCCAGGAAGAAGGCUGUGGGCUGCUUGAAUUUGGCAGCAUCGCAAUUGGGAGCUCCCUGGAAAAACAUUUUGAGAUCUACAACCCAUCUUUAGUAAGCACCUCCUUCUCUCUAACUCGCUUACGGAAAGCUGCUCUAAUGGAAUCUGUGUUCCAGUGUGAUGUGCAUGAGGGGCACGUGGCUUCACACUCAGUACUGAAAGUGCCUGUGUGCUUCACUCCUCUCACUGUGGACAGCACCAGUAUGGAGUACUUCAGCCUCACCUGCCCUGGGGCGGUCAGCAGAGAUCUACUCAAAGUCACUGGCUCAUGCAUAGGUCCAGUUGUUUCUUUAAGUUCUUCUGUGGUGGAUUUUGGCUGUGUGGAAGAGGGAGUAGAAGCCAUGCGUAUUAUUCACAUCAUAAACUCUUCCUCCGUACUGGCACAUUACCAGUUUGACAUGGAUCCUGGCAGCCAUAGUGUCUUCACUCUUGACCAGCCUAGUGGAACUUUACCAGCUAAUAGCAGUUUCAGUCUACAUCUACGGUUUCGUCCCCAUCAUCCAAUAACAUAUUACAAGAGACCAGCCUGCCUCAUACUGCACAGGGAGCCACUUUUUUUGGACUUGAUUGGCACCUGUCACUCAGAACUGCUGAAGCCAGCCAUCUUACACCCCAGACACCUGUAUGUGUACAGACUGAACUUGCUCCGUGGCCUCACCUGCUACCCACCUGAUAUUCUCAGUGCAAUGCUGGCUGAACAUAAACUGCAACUGGAUGAAAACGGGGCAUUACUAUUUCAAGAGGACUCAUCAGAGGACACUUCUUUGUCCAAACUGCCUCUCUCUAAGCGGAGCGCGAUGGAGGAGUAUUUCCACAACAACUCUACAAACGAGGCAGAAGUAGACGCUCAUGAGAGUGGAGACCCCAACUGUUUCCCCAUGCACCAUGUCACAGUGAGACCCUCUGAACUGUGUUUCAAUGCUGGGCCAGCAUCUCGAUCAGUCUCCAUCACUAACCACACUAAAGGCAAACUGACUCUGCUGUGGACCCCUCCUGCUGAUUCCCCUUUCUCCAUCACUCCUCUCACCUGUGACCUUAGCCCGUUAAAGUCCACAGCUUUCAGGGUGACCUAUACACCCAAACAGCACAAUGUCUUCAAUGCAGCACAGCUUGAGUGCUUUGCUCUCUACAAGGUUCUGCGGGACCAUCGACAAACAGAAGACCGCACUCUGUGUCCUCCCUGGUGUCUCACGGUCAGGGUAAGCGCUCACUCCUUCCAGCCUGGAAAUGAGCACUUUAUCCCCUGCUUCUCUCUGCAGCACCCUCAAGUGAUGUUUCCAGCUCUGAGUCAAGUCUGCUACCGGACUGUUCUCCUGCAGAACACAGGCAACCUUCCCAUCAUUUUCAGACUGGACCCAGAGGAGUCCCCUGCUGUGUGUGUGCUGCCCCCUAGUGGGUUGGUACCACCUGGCAGCCAUCAGAUCUUCACUCUCAGAUCCACUCCUGCUGAAGAUCAUCCUGCUAGUUUACCGCUGACUCUGCAGCUUAAUGCCAGCCCCAAACACACACAGAAACUGAAUGUGGUGAGUGUUGUGGAGCAACUGCAUAUGGUUCUGGAGGGUGAUGGGACCCUAUUCUUCAGACCUACGGCAAUGGGCUCCUGCUCUAAGAGAAGUCUGAGGGUCAGGAACUUGAGCAGGGUACCAGUGAACUUCUUCUGGAGGGUGUGUGGCUCAGAUAAGAAAGCUCUUUCUGUACAACCAGACUCAGGCAUACUGCAGCCCAAUGAGUUCCAAGUUCAGACCUGGUCCUUCACACCACUGGAGGAAAAGAUACAUAGUAUGAAGGCUACGCUUAAUUUUUGGCCUGUCCAGACACCAGAUUGCAAGAAAUCCAGACUGUCCAUCAAGAUUGUUGGAUUAGCUGCCAAAGGUUCUAUACAGGCAGAUUGCUCAGUUCUGGAUCUGGGUGAAGUACUGGUUGGAGGUUGUAAAUCAUUUGAGAUUCCUCUGAUGAACAGUGGCUGCAGCGCCAUUAGCUUCUCUCUGACUGUGCUUCAAAGCAUCACUGCCCCACAUUUCUCUGAAGAAGUGCUCCAAGAUCCUAGUGCUCUGGAGAUAGACACCAUGAAGGCUACUAUCCCAGCUCGCUGCAGAUUGCUAAUCCGCACAACCGUGAGACCAGCUCGCAGGGCUCGAUAUUGUUGGACCAUCCGCUACCACAUCCUGAAUGCCUCUGGCUUGGUAGUGGGGGAGCCCUGCUCUUUGUGCCAGGUCCAGGCAGAGGGAGUAUACCCAACUCUGGAAGUGACAGAUGUCCGUAGUAGUGGCAGCAUGGAGGGGUUGAGUAAGCUGCAACUCUGGAGACUCUUUUCUCUAGACUCACUCAAUACUUACCUGCGCAGUGACCCUAGCCCACCCGAGCUGACCUACAGAGUGCCCACCAGACACAGCUUGAGUCGUUGUCCACCCAUCUUCACCUCGACCAUGUUGGAUUUUAACUUCAGCGCUGCCCCUCUCGGUGCGGACCCCUCCAAUGUCCUGCUAAUGUUUGAGAACACUGGAAGCAUCCAUGUAGAGUGGUCGUUCCUGCUCCCAGAGGACCAGCAGAUCGAGCUGGAGUAUUGGGCUGAAAGUGGAGAGUUCACCCCAACUGAGCUCCAUCAAAUGAAGGUGCAGGAUAACAGACUGUUUUCCAUCUCCCCACGCACUGGCAAACUGCAGCCUGGCCAGCAGAGGGCAGUACAGUUGUCUUAUAGGCAUGACUUUGCUGGAAUUUAUCGACUUCCGGUCCUUCUGAAACUCUCUCAUGGUAGAGAGAUUUUGUUGAAUUUUGUGGGUGUGACAGUGGAGAAAGAUAGACGAUAUAUUCACAUCCCCUCCAAUCGACAUGUGUUUGCUCCUGUGGCUGUCGGGGGAUUCUACCCACCCAAACAGGUGUAUGAGCUGUAUAAUGGGGGAGCUCUUCCAUUGAGGUACCAUGUGGACAUAUCUCCCCUGGAGCAGCUGCAGAAGGACAACUUCAACCACCCUGUCUUGCAGUGCCUGAACCCAGAUGGAGAAGUGCAGCCUGGUCACACAGUCACACUGGACUGGGUUUUCUCUCCCCUAGAGGCCAAAACAUACAGCGUGGACAUCCCUAUAUACGUGCUUGAAGGAGACAGUAUGCUGGUGACUUUUGAGGGCUAUGGCUUUGAUCAGAGAGAUUCUGUGCCUUUUCAGUUUCAUGAUGGAUAUCCUGCCGUGCCAGGCACCCAGAAGGUGGCCUUACCUGGACAGGUGGCGUUCUUGUCAGAGGAGAGAGUGUCAUUUGGUGAUAUUCCAGUCUGCUCUCGGAGCACACAUAUCCUGUUUUUGACCAAUGUUUCCCACAGUGACAAAAUCUUGUACUCAUGGAAGCUUAAGGAGCAAGAUGACAAGCAGGCAGUAGAUAUCCAUCCAGUGAGUGGAUCUCUAGCUGCAGGCGAGAGUGCUUUCUGCAUCCUUACAAUAUACACCUCAGGUAGCCCCACAUUCUACCAGCAAGACCUCAUCUGUGAAAUUACACUAGAGGAGGCUCUAGCUCAGUACCAGAGAGAGCUACAGCAAUGGGAGGUGGAGAAAGAGAGAGAAAAACAUGAAUUUACUAUAAGCGAAAAGGACCUGAUGCAGACAGUCUCACAGAGCAAACCUACUCAGGUUUGCAUAGCAGAACAGAAACUCCCCUCUGAAAAACAAAAAUACAAGACAUUGCCACCCAUCCGAAGCAGUAGCACUGAGGUUGUUCUUGAAAGGUCAAAUGCUAGGCAGAAUCGAAUGGUGAGUAAAGUCCAGCAGCAGGUGGGGAGAAGACGCCCUGAGCCUCCCCGCCCUGUACUUCUUCAUCUGGGAGUGACUGCACGCUCACACUCCCUGCUGGAGUACCAGUCACACUUCCCCUCUCACUUCAACAAGCAUCAUAUCUACAGGUCUCUGCAGCCAAAGCUUUCCCAGUCCAGAUCAAAUGAGAGUAAGCUUCCUUCCACACACAUGCUACCCCUCACAAAUGGCCCUGAGAGAGACAUCCUCACAUACACCCUCACAUCACUACUCAGGAGUCUUUUGGAUGACCCUCAGUUCCAUCAGGCUCUGCAGAAUGGUUCAGCUGAGCCAGUGCCCUACUUUACCCAACUACGUCCUGCUUCUCCCUUGCCAUUCCCCACCCAGUCUGCCCCUGUUGCUCAGGCCCCGUGUCCAGUUGACAACCCCUGUCUAAAUCCACAACAUACAGGCAGGCCCGUCACUGUUAAAAACACACAACCACAGCCUGAGGGUGAAUGGAGGCCAGACCCCCACCAGGAGCUGCACCAGGAACUGAGAAUGAAGGUGCAGGAAUCCAUUCGCAGAAGCCCUGAGUUCAGUGAUCUGAUGGAGGAGAUUCUACUUAAUACUCUACAGAAUCUGAUGAUGGAGGCUUUUCUAGGAGAGCUGGUUCUCACAGCUCGCCCUCGCAUCAUUGCUCUGCCACCCUGCUCAGCCAGCAGAAACAGUUUUGGCUCCAGGAGACAGUCCAGAGGACUUGUGGAGUCUGAGAGAGCCAGGGAUCAACAGCACCCCCUAGUUACCAGCCCAGGCCCUUACAGGCCCACCUCUGUUCUUCUCUCCAACCUGGAGUCUCUUGAGCACUCAUCUUCUCCCCACAGUUAACAUCUGUAGUACACUCAACUUCACUGUAUUUUCUGUGCAUCCAAUUUUUAAUAAAUUAUAAACAAAAAAACAUUGUCUAAUGAGACAUUAAGCAAUUCACUCUUGAAAUGAAAACAUUGUCGAUGUCUGAACAAA